UCAUUUUCAGCACAGCUUGUAUUAUCACUUUUGUCUGUGCUGAUUAAAGUCUAAUCAGGUAAUUAUUGUGGUAAAAAGGAAGAUGUCAAAGGUUUUGAUGACCUCAAAUUCAAAGAGAGAUUUGUGGAACAUUUUAAGUAUUGCCCUCAUCGCUGCAGGAGCCUGGGCCCAGACAGUUACCCAGAAACCUGAUGAGGUUGUGUAUAAACUGGCUCAGAAUGCCUCAAUGGACUGCCAGUUCAUCCACACUCCAGACCAGCAGGUGGCAAAUAAUCCCAUUCUCUACUGGCAUAAAAUUACAAGUUUGACCCAAAUGACAAGACUGUGGCCUGACCCAGAGUCACCGUACAAGGGUCGUGUGGAGGUUCUGGACAGUGACCGCAACUCACCGAACAGAUCUGUACUUCUGAAGAAUGUCCAGUGGGAGGAUAGCAGUGGAAAGUAUGAGUGUAAACUGUCUUAUAGGGCCGCCAAACAAGAUAAGAGGACGAAAGGGAGCGGCGUUAAGCUGUUCAUACAUGAUUCGAUGUUCUUUGGGCUUGACCCUGAGAAUAAGACCCAACUCAUGUGUGCUGUGAAUGUUUCCCGGGAUGAUGGGUUUUUCUUAUCCUUGCUACAAGACGGAUCUAAAGUAUUCCAAAAGACCAUUGAUCCUCUUCACCCUAGCAUGUCACUGUCUGUUACCCUGUCUGUGAUCCUCCCCUUGGAGAAGGGAAAGAAUUAUGAGUGUCAAAUCCACCUGGGCUCCACUAUGAUAAUGAGCCAGCCCUUCGAACAGCCGCUUGAGACGCCAGUAGAGAAGGUGCUUCCUGAACCAGUUUUCCUGUUCGUGGCCAUCCUCCUGGUCCCCAUCACCGUGCUUCUGACUCUGCUCACAGCCCUUCUUGUUCUAAGCAGAUAAGACAGGAGAUAGUAAGACUGACAAUGCCAGAUAUACAGUGCAUUCAGAACGUUUUUAUUUUAUUUCACCUUUAUUUAACCAGGUAGGCUAGU